AAAAUCCCACGCGCCAUUUUAGAGUUUCAUUUUGGUGACCUGCGGCUGCGUGAGCGCGAUGGCGCUCCAUUGCUUCGCUGCGCUAGCAGUGAGCCUUCUAGGAUUGGGAUUCCAUGGAUCCUUAGGUCUUGGCUCUGGAGACUCGCAGCUUCGACUCGGAGCUGGUGGUGGCGGCUUCGGAGGAGGAGGCUUCGGAGGAGGCAUCAAUGCUGAAGGCGGAAGCUUCGGUGGCAUUGGAGGAAGCAUGAAUGCUCGCGCCGGUAGCCAAGGUCGAAUCAAUGGCAUUGGAGGCGGCUUUGGUGGAGCAAGACUCCAACCGGAAGGGUUGGGGGAAGUCUUCGUGCCAGGAACGUCUUUCCCUGGAGGCAUAUCUGAGGGCUCAAUAGGAGGCUCGGGCACCGGUGGUCUUACCGGGGCCGGGAGCUUUGCUGGGGCCCCACAAUUUCGAGGGCGCGUGGGUGGCUCAGGAGGAGGCCUGUCAGUGGGAGUGGGCUCCGGCGCACUCGGGGGAAUCACGGGAGGUUUGGGCGGCUCCGGAGGUGUAAACCCGAAUCUGCGCGGAGGAAUGUCGGGAGGUGCGGGAGGUACCGGCGGCUUAGCUGGAGGAAUGAAUGUGGGGCAGUUACCGGGGCUUUCGGGAGGCCGCGUUGAGGAGGAAGAAGACAAUAGCGAAGAAAGCAACGAAGGACCGCUAACUCUUGGUGAAAGAUUGGCCCAAAGGCGAGAGGAGCGUCGGAGGCGGCGACUGCAGCGUCGUUUAGAGCGCGAACGGCGAAGACGAGAAAGAUGGGGCUUGGCAGGUGCUGCCGCUGGAGCUGGUGCAGGUGCAAACGCUGGCGCAGUAGGAGGUGCCGCUGCCGGCGCUGGAGGGGGAGUUGGGUUGGGCGGUCGCGCGCGGACAAGAGGUCGCGGCAAACUACGAGGACGUCUCCGCGGUGGCCUCAACAUCGGCCUUAACAUUAGAGCUGAUGCAGGCGCAAGUGCAGAAGCGGAAACCGCAGCUGAAUUAGGAGCAAACGCACAGGCACAGGCUCAAGCCGCUGCCCUAGGUCGCGCCGGAGGCGGUGCAGGUUUAGGGGCUGGCACAGUCGCUGGAGCUUACGGCUACCUUUAGGUGCCGCUUUCUAGUGGCAUGAAAGGACUACAGGUAAACCGGUUAAGUAUAAGUAACUCACGCACUGGAGCUGCAUUUAAAAGAAAUGCAUACCGAGGUUUUACAGAGAUAUGGUUCAGUCUCCCGGUGGCGAGUCGAUCGCCAGGGAAAAAUGGAAGAAUAUAGUAAAAUUUUGUAUGUCGGUUGGUCUCUAUGAGCAAGCGCAUUAAAAAGGAUUACUUAUUCUUCAAGGAAGCCAAGAGCAUUUAUCGCAACUUAUUAUACAACUUACAAGUGUCUCGACCCAGGAAGUCACCGGAUUCUGCCAAUAAAUAAAGUGAUGUAAAAGUGUUGAUCACUUACUACAGUUA